CUUUUUUCGGCUCCCUCUAUAACCCGCCCAGCCGCGCCCGACGGGUCAAACUCUCUCCCUACUCUCGGACAGACGCCGCUACCCGCGAUCAGCAAACACAUAAAGUACCUGGCGUCCCCCCUCGACGCCGCCUCGUCCCUUGGUCAUGUUGGAACCCCAGGCCAUGAGAGGGCCUAUCGACCAGACAGUCGGCUACGGACAUUCUCGAACACGAACCACUUCCUCAACUGCCUUUCCCAUGCAAUUUCAAACUUCUCACCUUGCCCAACCGGGGCCCAAUCUCUCACAGAACCGUCGCUCACCUUCUGUGAAUACUUUCAGCACCGCCUCGAGCAUUCCUCCUCCUGCCGCCUACCGUUCUUCCUCACAAUCCGAGCUUCGUCGCUCCACAUCUAGCCGCUCAGGCGGAGCCAGCAGCCAACCCUCCAGCUAUGUCGCUCUUCUCCGGAAACAAAAGGGCACCGUAUGGUGUGAUCGCUCCCAAUAUGAAGACCCACGACUGCUAGCUCAACAACGUGCUGCAAAGAUGCGAGCAACUCUCGAGGUUGUCGGUGGAUCACGCAGUGCUUCCGGUGGAGCCGGAGCAAGAACGAGCACCGGUCUCAGUACUACAAAUAAGGUCGCCGCCAAGAUUCCCAAGAUUCGACAUCAUGGAAAGAACCCAGUUGUCGGCUACGCUCCUGGCGAGAACCACGUUGGUGUUGGCGGUGUGCCAAUGCGACUUAGCGCUACUGAAGUUGAGGCUGAGAGCAGCGAAGACGAAAAUGCCGGAAACCGCCCUCAUCACCGUAGAACGGGGAGCAGCGGACGAAGCAGCACAACUAGCAGCCGCCGAAACCUUGCCUACCGCACAUCAGGUGGCAUGGGCAGCCAGCAUAGCCGAAGGUGGAGUCCUGGUGACACACCUGAACGCACUGGCAGCUUGGUGGAGGCUACACCUGAAGACAUUGUCGAUGACGCUGCCAGCGGCAAGGCUCGCAGCAUGGCGAGCGGCAGCAGUGGUGAACGCGCCGACAAUGUGGGAGAGUUGAGCAAUGCCCCUAGAUUGGCCUCCAACUCCCUCAUGCACUCGGCUCUCACUCGAGAGAAGAGUGUAAAGUCAGCUGAUGAGCUGAGGAGACGUGGAAGUGUCGACGAGCGAACAUCAACCCUUACCUCUGGCCGUCUUUUCAUCGCCAACCCUGAUUAAGAUGAUAGUUCACGCGGCACAAACCCCAACUGGCUAUAAAUCAC